CAGCCCACGCGAGCUGGCAGAGGGAGGGGUUAUUCCGCUCUUCCACAGAAAUGGUGACUGGGUUUUACGGGAGGAGAACACCUAAACUGUUCCAGGGCGGUUUAAUGCGACGUCUUAGCAUAAGGAGUUUGUUUUUGAUUUUUAUUUUUUAUUUUAAUUGCCGCUUGUAGAGUGUAGAGUACUCCUGAAGUGGAAUGCCCAGUGGAACUGUUAACCUGUUGCCUGCCUGCCUCGCUAAACUACUAUCCAAGAUGUUGCUUUGUGGAUGGGAUGGCGUCUGGUGCUGUUUGUGUGCGCACUUCUAGUCUCGACGAAACAUUUCCCCUUAGUUAAGUUACUAGCUCUUUAUCCAGGGAAGAUGCACGUGACUCUGGCAGAAGCCUUGCAGGUUCGAGGAGGCCCGCUCCAGGAGGAAGAGGUGUGGGCGGUGCUCAGUCAGAGUGCAGAGAGCCUCCAGGAACUUUUCUACAAAGACCCUUCAGCCAUGGGCUUCAUCAUCUCACCUUGGUCCCUCCUGCUCAUGCCUUCUGGCAACAUUUCCUUUGCAGACGAAUAUGUCACGCAGCAGGAUUUAAGAGCUUUUACAGCUCCCGAGGUCCUGGAAGGAGCACCCUUGACAUCACUGUCUGACAUUGAGAAGAUGCACAUGUAUUCUCUGGGAAUGACUUUAUUCUGGGGAGCAGACUAUGAGAUCCCUCAAAGUCAGCCUAUGAAGCUGGGGGAGCACCUGAACAGCCUACUCCUCAACAUGUGUGAUGAUGUCACAGUGAGUCGAAUGUCGCUGCGUACGGUGCUGGACAUCUGCAGCAAACAUAUCCGAAACUCCAACUGUGACCCGCCCUUCUCCUACGUCAGAAAACUGGUCCGGCUGGUGCUUGGCAGCCUCUCUCAGCUUGAAGGCCUGCUGACAGACAGAGAGUCUCUUCCAGAACGAAGUAAAGAGAUUCGAGACAGAUUGAGGGGCAAAGGCUUGCCAUCUGGGAGGAGUGCCGCCCCCAGGGUUCUGGAGCGCUAUCGAGCCAAAACACAGGAACUAAUGCCUCUAAAUCGUGGCCUCAGUCGUUCUAUGGGCUCAUUGCCAAUCCAGGACUUGUUAAAGGGGGAUGAGGGUGCAGGUCCACUUCUGUCUGAUUAUCACACAAACUCUGACUCCCCCAUAGACCCCCACCCUAAACCCCCCUCACUACAGAACCAACUCUCCUACACUCACAUACACCCUUUUCACCCCCAAAUUAAGAGCCGCCCUGUGGAACUGGAUCGUAGAUCUUUAUCAUACUUCAGCGGGGACCGGGGACCAAGUCAGCCCAGAAAAACCUGGGCUUCCUCUGUGGAUUUGGCAUGCAUUGACCCUGAAGCUCUUCGCUUUGGGGCUUUGGAGGAUGCCCGGAGAGGCAGCAGUGCCUUAAGUACACAGUCUGUAGGCAGGCGCAAAUUGCCAUUGUCAACCUCAAAGGAGAUGGAUUACCACUUUUCUGAGUUUAGUGGGCUGCAGAAUCUGAGGUCUCAUCACUUCUCGGCACUGUCUGUUGGUUCAGGAGUUCCUGGUGCAUAUGACAGGUUCAAGGAAAGACAGAGAAAACUACGGCAAGCAGUUGAUGAUCCUGUCCACACCCACCAAAGGUGCCACAGUGAUUACAGCUCCUCCAGUGAAAGCCCCUCGCUGGCCUCCUCUGAUCCAGACUACAGGAUAGCUAAGAAACCCGGCGAUGUGGCGAGGUACAGCUCUCAGCUGGCACUUUCAUCAGAGCAUGAUUCCUUGUCACUGACAAGUCACAACAGACUCAGGCAAAAUGAGGGGUCAGCUGAUGAAGGUCUGGUUGGAGCUGAGGUCCUUCUUCAGAGGCAAGAGGAGGAGGUGCAGCGGCUUCAGACACACCUGGCCAAAAGGCUUUCCAGGGCCAAUUUCUACCCUGCAGACGAGCCUGUGGUUGACUUUCAGGACCCUCUGUAUCAUUCCUCUGUACCACUACGCAAAAACAAGAACUUUCUUGGACCUGAGUUUGUGAAGAUGACGAGUGAACUUUGCAUUCCCUUAACUGUGCCCUCUUCAAUAAUGAAACGUGGUAAGGGGGAUGAAGUGCAGAGGAAGGUGGGCGUGGUGCUGCUGAACUCUCAAAAACUGGAGCUGAUCUGUGACAUUAAGGCACUUUGUAAAGAUGUUUUUGAUAUGGUGGUGGCACACAUCGGGCUUGUGGAGCAUCAUCUCUUCGGGCUUGCAUACCUCAAAGAUAAUGAAUAUUUCUUCAUGGAUUCUGAUGCCAAACUUGCCAAAGUAGCCCCGGAUGGAUGGAAGGAGGAUCCCAAGAAAAAAAGAACUGAUGUGCCUUUUACUCUCUUCUUGCGCAUAAAAUUCUUCCUUGAUGACAUCAACCUUAUCCAGCAUGCUAUGACCAAACAUCAGUACUACCUACAGCUGAGGAGGGAUAUCUUGGAGGAAAGAAUACGCUGCAACACAGACCAUGCCUUGCUUCUGGCUUCACUGGCACUGCAGGCUGAAUUUGGUGACUACCAGCCUGAGUGCCAUGGGAAGACCUAUUUUAGACUGGAGCAUUACCUGCCAGCGUCUGUCUUGGAUAAGGUGGACCAGAUGACGCUGAGGGAAGAACUGCCAAAGCUCCACAGUAACUUCUAUGGUGCAUCAGACGCUGAAGCAGAGUUUGAGUUUCUGAAGGCCAGCCAGAAAUUGACCGAGUACGGAGUCCAUUUCCAUCGAGUUCUUCCAGAGAAACGAUCUCAGACGGGCAUCAUGUUGGGUAUCUACUCCAAAGGGGUGCUUAUUUUUGAAGUCCUUAAUGGAAACCGUAACCCAGCGCUGAGUUUCCCAUGGAGGGAAACCAAGAAAAUUUCCUUUGCAAAAAAGAAAAUUUGCCUCCAGAACACAUCAGAUGAGAUUAAGCACCUUUUUCAGACGGACAGCAACAGGACGUGCCAGUAUCUGCUACAGAUGUGUUCCGAUCAGCACAAGUUCCACCUGCAGACGAAGGCACGCCAGAACAACCAAGAGCAGCAGGAUUUAGCAAACAACCCACUAAACAGCAUCCAGUAUUCCCUCAACCCUCUGGGUGUAGAUGCACUUUCCAGGAAUGUGACCCUGGGCAACCUGGCUCCUAGGUUGUCUACACGUUCCAACCCAGACCACCUGAAGAGGAUCUCUUACUCUGAGGCGGCUCUAAAUAAGGCACCUUCAGGCUCGGUUAUAGUUCAUGAUGAGCUCCACCUUCCAGGUUUCCAUCCUACAGCAUCCACGACCUUUUCCAAUCCUCGGCUGUUGAGUCGUUCCCACCAUAACCUGGCUCUGCUGCCGGAGACUGCAGAGCACCCAAUGGAGGAGUCGGACAUCAGGAUGUCCAACCAAGUUGUAUCCCAUUUUCAGCAGCAUCAGCGUGCCAGUUCAGACACAGACUCCCUGGCACCCCAACAGGACAGAUCACUCAGUGCAAUAAUCAACAACAACAACAACCCAGCCUGGCGCCUGAGCAAGUCUCAGAAAGAAUCCGACUCUUCGUCCACAGAGGAUAUGGGCCAAGCAUAUGUUGUUGGUGUCAGUAUGCACAGUUCCUCUGGAACACCUUCAACUCCAGCUUCUGUUAAUGACUCUUUAAAGAAAAAGCUGAGUGUGUUACCGUCACCAGAGAGAGCAGUCACAACCGUGAACCUGAAGAAAAAUGUGAAGUAUGGACUAGGGUUCCAGGUUGUUGGAGCAGAGAACUCUGGUCGCACGGAUCGAGGGACAAUCAUAAGCUCCAUCACUCCCGGAGGUCCUGCUGAUUGUGAUGGCUUCCUGAAACCUGGUGACCGGCUGAUAUCUGUGAAUGAUUUAAAUGUGGAAGGACUUUCUCAUGCCGCCACGGUUGAUAUUCUUCAAAAUGCUCCUGAUGAUGUUACUCUGGUAGUGUCACAACCAAAAGAGAGGCUUUAUACAGCGUCUUCCCCAAAAUGUAUUCCUCGCCAACCCCAGUCCUCAUUUAAGAAACCAAACUCUGCACAGAGACAAGAACUGGACGUUGAUACCUCAUCGGAGGAACAACAGGAAACCGGAAGUCCUAUCCUUCCUCUUCGCAGCACAGGCACACCAUCAUCUGUCUCAGCUUCAGUUCACCAGCAGUCCAGCCUCACUUCUCAGGACUCCGGGAUGAGCAGUGCUGCUAAAGUCAGCCACUCUCCUUUAGAACGAAUUCAGAAGUGCUUGCAACGAGCCACCACUGCUUCCACAGCUGAACUUUGUAGUCCUGAUGGAGACACGAGCAUGAAGCCUGGUGGUCCCACACCUCCCGCUCUGCCUCCCAAAACUAGAAAAGUUAAACUCUUGGAAUUUCCUAAAGUUUCUGAGCAGUCGGACAGAGGGGACACAGACAUGGAUGAGGAGAAUUAUUCCAGUAGUCAAGACAAACCGAAGGUCAAAAAGGAAAACAACACGGAAAUUUUAAAUGGUAGUGCCCCAGGGGUCACUAGUCUCCCUCAAGGAGAACUAUUUGACAUUCAGCUGUCCAAAGUAGACGGCAGCCUGGGCAUAAAAGUCACGGGUGGAGCCAACACAACUGUUCGACAUGGAGGCGUCUACGUCAAAGGCAUCAUACCCAAAGGUGCUGCUGAGCUCGAUGGACGGAUACAGAAAGGCGAUCGCUUGAUGGCCGUCAACAGAAUAAGUCUAGAGGGAGCCAGUCAUCAGCAGGCGGUAGAUAUCCUCAGAGAGACAGGGCAGAAGGUGCACCUGCUGCUCGAGAGGGCUCCUCCACCUGCAGGUGGCACUCACGCUCCCCUCACCCCUCAGGUCUCUGCGAUCCUUGUCAGCAGUGACAACGAACAAGCCAAGGGCAAGGUGCCGCACCCGGAGCCAAACAAAAAAACAGAUUACAGCUUCGUCACAGAAGAUAACGUGUUUGAGGUGGGCCUGCUGAAGAACACAUCAGGACUCGGCUUCAGUUUCAGCCGAGAGGACCACAUUCCUGACGAACCUGCCGGCUCCAGCAUGGUACGGGUGAAGAAGCUGUUCCCAGGCCAGCCAGCUGCAGAGAGCGGUCGUAUCAAAGUGGGCGACGUCAUCCUACGAGUCAACCAAACCCCUCUCAAAGGACUCUCGCAGCAUGAAGUGAUCUCAGCUUUGCGUGGAACGGGGCAGGAGGUGACUUUGCUCCUCUGUAGACCUGAGCAAGGUGUUCUACAGGAGAUGAAUACCUCAGCUGUAACACCAAAGCCAUCACCCAGGAAGGAGGUUUUAAAUCUGGCAGAGCCCAGCUUGAAGCAGGAAGUGGAAGAGGACACGGAGAGGCUGCUGCUCAAGUCCCCCACCCGACACAACAGCUACAGCGAUAGCUCUGAUGAGGAGAUAGGAAAAGCUUUCAGCGCCUCUGCUUUGGAGCACAGCAGGGACAACUGGGAGAGGAGUGUUUAUCAGACUCCCCGUAGCAACCCGGGACUGGGAAACUACAACAGCACCAGUCAUCUGGACAGAACCUUCCAGUCAGCUUUUUAUUCCCCCGACCUCUCAGUGACGCGGUCAGACCUCAGGAACAGAAGUACUUCGACACCUGUGGGAGCUGAUCCGAAAUCAUCUCCUGUGCCUGUGAUGCCACCUGUCUGUGGUCCAAGCCCAGAUCCGCUCCCUCCUCCGUUGCCGAUGCCUUCAAAAUUCACAUUGCCGGGCAACAGACAGGAAAUGGAAGAACUGCUCCCGGAAGUGGAGCUGAGGGUCUCUUUGGUGAAGUCAGACAAAGGCAGUCUUGGUUUCACCCUCACCAAAGGCAACGAUCAGGGAUGUUACAUCCAUGACAUUGUACAGGAUCCAGCCAAAGGAAAUGGAAGGCUUCUGCCAGGAGACCGAAUGAUCAUGGUUAACAACGUGGAUGUGAGCAACAUGGGCCACUCUGAGGUGGUGAGUCUGGUGCGUGUAGCGCCUCGAGUGGUUGAUUUGGUCGUAGGGAGGAUUCUGGAGGCUCCAAAACCCCCCAUGGAAGCCCAUGAGCUGCCUGAUAUUUGUUUUAAGAGUGAUCGGGAACCACUGGGGUUGGUGUUGGGCGGUGGCGCCGACAGUGAUUUUGGGGUCUUGUUCAUAAAAGACAUCAUCCCCGGGUCACUGGCAUCUAAGGAAGGGAGCCUGAGGCCACUUGACCUAAUCCACUACAUCAACGGCACUUCCACCCAGGAGCUAACGCUCAGAGAGAGCACCAGGCUGUUGGAGCUCUACCUCUAUAAUCUCACCCUCAAGGCCAGCAGGAAUGGAAAACCCGUGGUUCCUGGACAGAAAAGUGUCUCUUUUCUUCUAAACAGAGCUGACUCCAAGGGUUCCUCCAGCAUGAACGGUUUUCUUAAAGGAAGUGAUUCGGGAGAUGCUGAGGAUCUGGUUGCACUUAGUCCUGCAGAGGAGGAGAUCAUGAUGUUGGACCUGGAGAAGCCGCCGUCAGGAGGUCUGGGUUUCUCUGUGAUUGGAGGGGAGAGGGGCAUCUUUGUCAAGUCCAUCACACCAGGAGGAGUCGCAGAGUCGUCGGGGAAGCUGCAAGUGGGAGACCGGCUGCUGAGAGUAAAUGAAGAGCUGAUGACAGGCGUGUCCCACACCAAAGCCGUCACCACCAUCCGGAAAGCCAAAGACCUGGUGCAUCUCAUCAUAUCCAGACCUUCUGACCAGAACUCCAACACGUACCUGGACUAUCUACCCAUUAACUCAGACAAGUGUAACGGGAACACGGAUCCGAGUGAGGCCAGCGGGGUGAAGUCUAAGCUCUGUUCACCAUACAAACCCGGCAGCAACCCUUCAGUACCACCCAUAGACUAUGAGAGUGAUCCACCGGAGGAGAAAAGACUGACGGAGCCGAGCGCAGAGCUUUCAGAGGACACAGACUGUGAUGAGUCCUCCUUACCUGAAUACUCUCCUGUGACCCCUCGGAAAGUGCCGUUGUUUGAGGAGAGCGUUGACGAUCCAAGGAAUGAAAACUAUCUGCAGAUGAGUGCAGGGCAGCCCGAGGAGGAUGACAUCCUGUGGGGAAGUGACGAACUCCCCGUUGAAAACAUAACAGACGACGGACCGGUCAUCACGACGGACGAGCUGACCUGUUUGCCCCUGGUCAGAGUGGUCCCUGGUGGCCAGUACUCUGGAGCUAAGCUCAACAAGGUGGUCCGCAUGAUCAGAGGGCUCCUGGAGCAGAAAAUCCCUCUGCAGGAAUUUGAUAAUCUUCAGAACCUCCAGCCGCUGGACGACUGCCUGAUCGGUCAGACUAAAGAGAACAAGAAGAAGAACCGUUACAAGAACAUCAUUCCCUUCGACACGACUCGUGUGAAGCUUGGCAGAGAUGGAGGUUACAUCAACGCCAACUUCAUCGACAUGCAGGUGAAGGAUGAGACCUACAGGUACAUCGCCUGUCAGGGACCGCUGCCCACCACGCUGGGGGACUUCUGGCAAAUGGUGUGGGAGCAAAAGUCCAACGUGAUCGCCAUGAUGACCCAGGAGGUGGAGGGGGGCAAGGUCAAAUGUCAACGGUACUGGCCCGACACCCCAAAGACGGCCGAGAUGGUGGACGACAGGUUACAGGUAACGCUGAUCAAAGACCAGCAUCUGGACAACUUCAUCAUCCGUCUCAUCGAGGUUAAAGAUGUCCAGACCGGUGAGAGCCAGAUCGUCACUCACCUGAACUACACCGGAUGGCCCGACCACGGAACGCCGUCCCAGCCGGAACAUCUGCUCAUGUUCAUUUCCUACAUGCGCCACAUUCACCGAUCAGGACCCAUCAUCACGCACUGCAGCGCGGGAAUCGGACGCUCCGGAGCCCUCAUCUGUACAGAUGUGGUUCUGGGCCUCAUCAGUAAAGAUGCAGAUUUUGAUAUUUCAGAUGUCGUAAGGAAUAUGAGACUCCAGAGACAAGGAAUGAUCCAGACGGAGGAUCAGUAUAUCUUCUGCUAUCAGGUGAUCCUUUAUGUCCUCAGAUGCCUUCAAGCAGAAGAGAACAUCUCAGGAUAGGAGGAGCAGUCGCCCUUUUUACAAGAACAAGAGUUGAUGCAGGCAAAUAUUUGCCAAAUUACACGAUGUUUUUUUAUCUAAAUGCCUUUAAUUAUUCCGCUCCUCCAGAGUAAAUCCUUCUACGAAUUUAUAUUUUUAAGUUUGCUGUAUUUCUCUCUCUGGCUGCUACUCCUUUUUCGUGCAUUUAUGAAAGCUGCUGAUUUUCUUAUCACCCACAGGAGAAUACGGAUUGUUUUCUUCAGGAUUUUGGAUGUUUUUAAAAUGAUCAGUAAUUCCAUAUUUUAUGUGGAACUUUUUGUGUAUUUUGAUGCUGGAAGCUGCCUUGACAGAAUACUAUGUCAGUAUUUGCUAUGUAAAGAUCUUUUAUACCGUAAUUGAUAAUACUGCCUGAGGCAAAUGAUAAACUUUAAAUUGUACAUAUUCAUCUCCUGAAAAUGAAAUCGAUGUGUUUUGAAUGUCAUGUAGGGGAAAAUUUCUUUUAAAAAUAUAUUGAAUAAUAAACUUGUCUAUUUUG